AUGGCGGCUUCUUUUCCUCUCCCAGUGACCCAGGACCUGUCCACGUUGCGUGCCAAGUUGCAGGGACUGCUGCAGUUCCUGAGAGAAGCCCUGUCCAUUUCCAGUGCACAUACGGUGGACUUCUACACUGAGUCCGUGUGGAAGCAACUGGUCGACUUGCCCCCGGAGACCGUCCUGGGGGUGCUGAGGCGGUCAGCGGCCGAGGCGGAGGCUCGGUCCCCCGAGGCGCGCCGCCUGGUGGAAGCCGAGAUGGGAUCAGGUAUUGCCAAUUUUCCCCAAAUAUUUUGUGAAACUUCCCAGAAGCUGGUGAGUGUGGAAGCCUUUGCUUUGGCUGUGAGAUAUUAUUCUGUACAAAACUUGGGAAUAUGUACUCCUUUUGAACAGUUGCUUACAGCCCUUCGAGGAAAUCAAAAACAGAGAACUGGUGAAAAUGUGAAACCAGAUGAGUUUAUGAAUUUGAAAAAGUCUCAUGAAGUUCAGGUUAUGUCAGAGCUGAUCAGCAGUAUUGCUGAUUACUGUGGAAUAAAGCAGGUAAUUGACCUGGGUUCUGGAAAAGGCUACCUAAGCUCUUUUUUGUCCUUGAAGUAUGGCUUAAAAGUUUAUGGAAUUGAUUCCUCAAAUACCAAUACUCAUGGAGCUAAGGAGAGAAACAGGAAAUUGAAGAAACAUUGGAAAGUCUAUCAUACUAGGUCAAAAUUAGAUGGCAAUGGACUGGCAUUAAAAAUGGCAAAAGAAAGGAAAGUGCAAGAUGAAAUUAAAUAUAAAGUAGAUAUUGAGGGAAUAUGUAACAACAGUCCUGCAAAUCAAGGAAAGAUGUCUACCUCGGAUUUUUUGCCAGAUUUUUCGGAUUCUGUAAUUUCUAACAUUAGAACACAAAUGGAAAACCUACAUGUGUAUUCACAUCGAGAAGAAAAUUUGUGUUUUGAAAAUGCCUUUUCUCUUAUAGACCUUUUGCCUAUUAAUGCUGUAGAACCUACUUCAUUGCAAACAUCUAAGAGAAAUAUGUCUGAAGCAAAUAAAGAGAGAAGAAAAAUGAUAUCAAAGUCAAAUGAAUCAAAUAUAUACUCACCUUUAACAUCUUUUAUCACUGCUGAUUCAGAACUGCAUGAUAUUAUUAAAGACCUGGAGGAUUGUUUGAUGGUAGGCCUCCAUACUUGCGGUGAUCUUGCUCCAAAUACCCUGCGAAUAUUUACUUCCCAGCCUGAAAUCAAGGGAGUUUGCAGUGUGGGUUGUUGCUAUCACCUCUUAUCUGAAGAAUUUGAAAACCUGCACGAAGAAAGCACCCAAGACAAGUGGGGAUUUCCAAUGUGCCAUUAUUUAAAGGAAGAGAGAUGGUGCUGUGGUCGUAAUGCCAGAAUGUCAGCAUGUUUGGCAUUGGAACGGGUUGCAGUUGGCCAAGGGCUGCCUACUGAAUCACUCUUCUAUCGAGCUGUCCUUCAGGAUAUUAUUAAAGAAUGUUAUGGCAUCACCAAAUGUAGAAAAAACACUCCUAAAAUUUAUAUGGACCACAAAAGAGUCAGAGUAGCCAAAGAAUUCCUGUGAAGAACAAAGCAGGAGGGAUCACACUUCCUGAUAUCAAGCUGUAGUCACCAAAACAGGAUGGUACUGGCAUAAACACAGAGAGACCAAUGUAACAGAAUUGAAAGCCCAGAAAUAAACUGAAGCAUAUACAGUUGACCAAUAUUUGGCAAAGGAGCCAAGAAUACCCAAUGGAGAAAAGAUAGUCUCUUUAAUAAAUGGCGCUGGGAUAAUUGGAUAUUCACGUGUAAAAGAAGGAAACUGGAUCCAUAUCUUAUAUCACUCACAAAAAUUAACUCAAGAUGGGUUAAAGAUUUUCAUGUAAAAUCUGAAGCCAUGAAAGUCCUGGAAUAAAACAUAAGAAUAAAGCUCCUUGAUAUGGGUCUUGGUAAUGACUUUUUGGAUAUGACACCUAAAGUACAAACAACAAAAUAAAAAUAUGCAAAUGGGAUUACAUCAAACUUAAAAGCUUCCAUACAGCAAAAGAAAUCAUCUACACAGAAGAAAAAAAACAGACAACUUACAGAAUGGGAAAAUAUAUUUGCAAACCAUAUAUCUGAUAAGAGGUCACUGUCCAAAAUAUAUAAAGAACUCCUACAACUUGGUAACAACAAAAAAAUUUUAAAAUGGUCAAAGGGCCUGAAUAGACAAAAGGCCAACCAACAAGUACAUGUACGAAUACACAUCACUAGUAAUUAGGGAAAUGCAAAUUAAAACCACAUUGAGAUUACUUCACACCUGUUAGAAUGGCCAUCAUCAAAAAGACUAAGAGAUAACAUGUUGGCAUGGAUAUGGAGAAAAGGGAACCCUUGUGCAUUGUUGGUGGAAUUAUAAAUUGGUACAACUACUGUGGAAAACUGAGUAAAGGAUCCUCAAAAAAUCAAAACUAGAACUACCAGAUGAUCCAGUAAUUUCACUUUUGGUAAUAUAUCUGAAGGAAAUGAAUAUAUUAAAUCAAAAAGGUAUCUGUAACCCCAUCGUUCGUAGCAUUAGCCAAGAUAUAGAAACAUGUCCUUCAUUGGAUGAAGGGAUAAUGGAACGUUAUUCAGCCAUUAAAAAAUGAGGAGAUCCUAUCAUUUGCAACAACAUAGGCGGACCUUGAAGGCAUUAUGCUAAGUGAAAUAAGUCAGACAGAGAAUGACAAAUACUGUAUGAUCUCACUUAUAUGUGAAAUCUCAAAAACAACACCAAAAUAAGAAACACCAAACUCAUAGAAAGAGAUGAGACCUGUGAUUACCAGGGGCAGAGGGUAGGGAGAUGGGGAAUUGGAGGAAAGUGAGAAAAGGUACAAAGUUUUAGCUAUAAGAUAAAUAGGUACUCUAAGGAUGUAAUGUACAACACAAUGACUAUAACACUGCUAUGCAAUAUAUAGAAGUUGUUGAGAGUAAAUCCUAAGUUCUCAUCUUAAGGGGAUUUUUUUCCUUUUUUUAAAUGUAUCUAUAUGAAAAAAUGGUCAUGUUAGCUAAACCUAUCGUGAUAAUUAUAUCAUAAUAUAUGUAAAUCAAGCCAUCAUGCUAUACACCUUAAACUUGUAUGCCAAUUAUUUGCAGUAAAACUAGAAAAAAAAAGAUAAGUUACGUGUUUAUGUGGGGACUUGAAUGUCACUAUGUCUCAUGAAAUUAGUUUAUUCAUACUUGAAGUGAAUCCUAUCCUAAGAGACUUGGAAAAGACACAGGCAUCUUUUGUUGAUGUCAAAUUUAAAGGUUAAAGUAUUCUUGUUGAUGCAAAAAAUAAAAAUAAAAACAAAGAAGGAGAAGAAGAACAAGAGCAAGAACUACUACGGGGCAAAUACCUAAGAGAAGAUGGGAAUCAAGAGACAUAAGCCCUGUGUCUUCUAGGGGAUGCAUUUCACCAGAAGCAUCUGUAUAGAAUAGGCAGCUGUCUGACAGUUAACAAAGUAGACAGAGAGGGUGAGCACAGCUUUCAAUAAAGUAACAGUUCUAGUGAGACAAGAGUUAAAGUUCAUGGCCUGCCCUAGGAGGAGGACUCCAUAGGCCAGGCACACCACUCUUACCUUGAGUUAGAUCCACUCUAUGAGUGAGGGUAAACCAUAAAUGAAACAGUCCUAAAAUGGCCUAAAGCCCCACUUAGAAUUAUCUGAAACUGUGAUUAAAGUAUUUCAGAGUAUUUUUCUAGCUGCCUACUAUUGGCAAAUCCUCUCUGGACAAAAAUAAUAUAUAUGCAGGCUCAAACUAUCACUAAAGUUUGCUGUAUAUAGUAUCUGGCAAGCAACCCCAAAUAACCAGCCAUAUGAUGAAAUAGGACAACAUGACCAAAAACCAAGGUAAAUCAACCACAUGCAACAGAAAUGGACUCAUUGGAAUUUAGAGAAAAGCUUAAAAUAACAACUUGAGAAGCUUCUACUUUGGGAAAAUGGAGCGGUUGUACUUUUUUUAUAUUUUUCUUGGUAAUUACAAUUAAAAAUCUAGAACUAUCUAUAAACUAUAAGAAGACUCAGAAAGAAUCUUAGAAAGAAGAAGACAAACUAGCUCAAGAUCUCAGGACCCAAGGAGCAACAUGGUGGAAGUUCCCUGGGUUAUGUUUUUGCCUUAAAAACCUUGUAUUGGAGCUGAAGUAAGCUUCAAUCCAGAAAUGCCAGUAGGCACAUACAAAAAAAAAAAAAAA